UCCUUAUGUCCAGUCUAAAUCUCCCCUCUUUUAGUUUGAAACCAUUCCCCUUUGUGCUAUCAAAUACCAAGAAGAUUUCAAGACUGAGCCCACACAGUGUGCUUUGAGCAUUCUCGUUCAAACAAGACACAGAUCUGGAAUGGAGCAACAGUAAUAGAUGAAUGAGGUUUGGUGAAGUUUGAGGUCCCCAGUAAGGCACUGCUAUGGGGAGGAGAUGGUGAAGGAAUGGCCUUCCUUAUGGUGGGAAGGCAUCAUCCCCAGAAGAGAUUGGAUGUGGCCCUUCUCCACAUCCAGCAUCAUUGAGGCUGCCAUGAGGAGCUGUGGGCCACAAUAAGGCCUCCCUUGUGCUCUGUGCUGAACAAACUGAGGGCUCUCAGCUGCCCCUCGCACCUCUUAGUGUAUAAAUGCAGCCUGCUGGCCGCCCUCUCCUUUCCCAGCCAAAUUCUUCUCUUAGAAUAAUAAACAACACAGCUCAAGAGAAAACGGCUGGCUUGCCCUCGUGUCACAGCACCAGAGAGGGGCAGAAGGAGAUUCUGUUCUAGCACUGAGGGACCGUAGUGGGGAGGAGGGGCUGUGGAGGAUCUCAGCACAGCGACAGGAGCUGGGAUGUCACCUCAGUGCCUGCCAGGCUGUGCUGAGGAGGUGGCAUUGCUGCAGGGCAGGAACCUUGCCCAUGGAACUCCCAUAGUUAAGGUUGCUCAGCUGCUGGUCCUUGGGAAGGGCGUAAGAAUCUGAGAGGUCUAUGACCCCAUUUUCACCUAUAGAGCUGGAACGAGACAAUCUGUGGCAUCUGAGCACUGUGUAGAUGACAAUGUUUGGGUUCAAGGAUGGGAUUACAUCUGUGUGCCAGAUUCUGGACUGCUGGGUAGGGUCACCCUCACCUCAGGUUAUUGCCUGGCACUCAUAGGGUGCAUAUUGGUGCUCUUACUGAGAACAAAAUCUGAGACUGAGGAUUGGAACAAGUGUCCUCGAGGCUCAAAGUGUCCUCAAAGCAGAGAUCUGGGUGCGUUUACACCCCUUGUGAAAUGCCUCUUUGUGCACGUGUGCAAGCACACGUUGCUGUGACAAGGAGAGGAAGAUCUGUCUGCUGGGCAGGCUCUGCAGAACAAGCAAAGCUUGGCAUUUCCAAGCAUGCCUCUCACCCCAGCCAGAGCAGACAAACAAGGGAGAGGUCACAGCUAUUCGCAAGAUGUUGCCACCCUCCCACUCUGCUCAGGAAGCAUCUCCAAGAGAAAAGGCUUUCUGCAAAACCAGCGUUUUUAUUAAAACCAGCCUUGAAUGCUGGGGAGGCAGCCAGAGGCAGCAGGCGGAGGCUGCAGGGCUCUUGGUUCUCGCUGCAGCCUGAAUCCAGCAGAGCACUGGUUUGCUUGGCAGGGAUCCUGGAGAGACCAGGGCGCUGCUGGUGGCACCAGACCUCUCUGACAGGCAGCUUGUGUCCAUUUACAGCCUGAAUCUCCCCUCCAUCCUUUCAUUCCCUCCGCCCCCAGGUCUUUCCUUUAAGUGCUCUCUUCCUUUCCAGCAAAUGCAGAAGAGAGGAGUCACCCAGGGGCUUUAUGGAGGAGGAGAGGAAAACUGCUGAGUAAGCUGGAGGCCUGGAGAGUUUUGCUGGAUUGGGCCACUGGGUCGUGGAGCCCACCAUGCUCUGUCCCUCUCUGAAGGCAUCACUGCAGCUCCUCAUCCUCACUGGUCUGCUGGACGUAACAUCUGGGGGCAGUGGGCUGCACAUCGAACCUGAAGAUGCUGAGCUCGUCCUGAGGCUCCACAGCACCUUCUCCCUCGUGUGCUAUGGGGACAGCGCGCUAGUCUGGGAGCGGGAUGGUCAGCCUCUCACUGCCUUGCUGGAGCACAGGGAUGGGGUCUUUGUCAGCAACCUCACCCUCAAGAACGUAACAGGCCGUCACACAGGGGAGUAUGCAUGCUUCUACAGCUCCGACCAGGCUCCAGAGCGAGCAGAGAGGAAAGCCCUUUACAUCUAUGUUCCAGAUCCCUCCUUAGUUUUUCUCCCCGCCAUCACUUCUGAAGAGUUCUUCAUCUUCAUCACGGGCUACACAGAGGCCAUCAUCCCAUGCCGCGUGACCAACCCAGAGCUGCAGGUGACCCUCUAUGAGAAGAAAGUGGAGAAUCCCAUUCCAGCUGCUUAUGACCCACAACAGGGCUUCAAAGGUUUCUUUGAGGACAAGACCUACUACUGCCAGGCAAUCGUGGAUGACCAAGAGGUGGAUUCAGACACCUUCUAUGUCUACAGGAUUCAGGUCUCAUCUGUGAACGUCUCCAUCAGCGCGGUGCAGACCGUGGUGCGUCAGGGAGAAAAUGUUACCCUGAUGUGCACUGUCAGCGGCAAUGAGCUGGUCAACUUCAACUGGGAUUAUCCACGCAAGCAGGCUGGGAAGGCUGUGGAGCCAGUGACCGACUUCCUGCCUGGAUCCACCCAUGACAUCCGUUCCAUCCUCAUCAUCCAGAAUGCAGAGCUAGAGGACAGUGGGACCUACGUCUGCAAUGUCUCUGAGGGCUACCAUGAGAAAACAGACCGGAAAGACAUCACGGUCCAAGUGAUCGAGCGUGGCUUUGUGCGCUUCCACACCCACCUGGCCAGCACAGUUUAUGCUGAGGUCCACAAGAGCCACAUCAUCCAGGUGGAUGUGGAGGCCUACCCACAGCCAAACAUUGUGUGGCUAAAGAACAACAAGACAUUGACCAUGGAGAGCAGCAGCGAGUUCACCAUCACCAACAGGAACCUGUCAGAAACCAGGUACCAGACGUCUCUGGUCCUGGUGCGGGUGAAGCAGGAGGAAGGAGGAUAUUACACCAUCCGAGCUUCCAAUGAGGACGAUGCACAAGAGCUGUCCUUCCAUCUGCAAAUAAAUGUGCCAGCCAAAGUGGUGGAUCUCAAGGAAAACAGCAGUGCCAGCAGCGGGGAGCAGACUGUAACAUGCUCUGCUGAAGGGAUGCCCCAACCAGAGAUCAGUUGGUCCACUUGCAGCAACAUCAAAUGGUGUGGCAACCAGGGGCAGCCCACCCAGCUGCUGGGGAACAACUCUGCAGAGAUUGGCCUGCACACCAACGCCACGUACCAUGCAGAGCUGCAGGUGUUCCGCGUGAACAGCACCCUGCAGCUGCACAGGGUGGAUGAACCCCUGCUCCUGAGAUGCACUGUGCAAAACUUCCUGGGCUCCAACUCCCAAGACAUCACUCUGGUCCCAAAUACCUUGCCGUUCAAAGUGGUCAUCAUCUCCGUCAUCCUGGCUCUGCUGGUCCUCACUGUCAUCUCCCUGAUCAUCCUGAUCGUCCUGUGGCAGAAGAAACCUCGCUAUGAAAUCCGCUGGAAGGUGAUCGAGUCAGUGAGCUCUGAUGGGCACGAGUACAUCUAUGUGGAUCCCAUGCAGCUCCCUUAUGACUCCAGCUGGGAGGUGCCCAGGGACAAGCUGGUAUUAGGACGCACUCUUGGCUCCGGUGCCUUUGGACGCGUGGUGGAGGCAACAGCGCAUGGCCUGAGCCAUUCACAGUCCACCAUGAAAGUUGCAGUCAAGAUGCUCAAGUCCACUGCCCGGAGCAGUGAGAAGCAAGCCCUCAUGUCUGAGCUGAAGAUCAUGAGCCACCUGGGACCUCACCUCAACAUCGUCAACUUGCUGGGGGCCUGCACCAAAGGAGGGCCCAUCUAUAUCAUCACCGAGUACUGCCGUUAUGGGGACCUGGUGGACUACCUGCACCGCAACAAGCACACCUUCCUGCAGUCCUAUGGCGAGAAGGCCCGCCGGGAGGCAGAGCUGUAUGGGAACACCAUCAAGGAGGACCAUGUGCAGAGUCACCUCUCCUUGUCUGUCGAGAGCGAUGGGGGCUACAUGGACAUGAGCAAGGAUGAGUCUCUGGAUUAUGUGCCCAUGUCUGACAUGAAGGGUGAAGUCAAGUACGCUGACAUUGAGUCCUCUAACUAUGGCACCCCAUACGAGCUGGACAGCUAUUCCCCAUCAGCUCCUGAAAGAACAGACCGGGUGACACUGAUAAAUGAAUCUCCACUCCUCAGCUACAUGGACUUGGUGGGCUUCAGCUUCCAAGUGGCCAAUGGGAUGGAGUUCCUGGCUUCCAAAAAUUGUGUGCAUCGUGACCUGGCUGCCAGGAACGUCCUCAUCUGCGAGGGAAAGCUGGUGAAGAUCUGUGACUUUGGUUUGGCAAGAGACAUCAUGAGGGAUUCCAACUACAUCUCCAAAGGAAGUACUUUCUUGCCCCUUAAGUGGAUGGCUCCUGAGAGCAUCUUCAACAACCUCUACACCACCCUAAGUGAUGUGUGGUCCUUUGGGAUUCUUCUCUGGGAGAUAUUCACUCUAGGAGGGACUCCCUACCCUGAACUGCCUAUGAAUGAACAGUUCUACAAUGCCAUAAAACGUGGCUAUCGGAUGUCCAAACCUACCCAUGCUUCUGAUGAAAUCUAUGAUAUUAUGCAAAAGUGCUGGGAGGAGAAGUUUGAGAUCAGACCGUCCUUCUCACAGCUGGUGGUGCUUAUGGGAAACCUCCUGGUGGAUUGCUACAGAAAGAGGUACCAGCAGGUGGAUGAAGAGUUCAUGAAGAGCGACCACCCCGCUGUUGUUCGCACAAGACCCACCAUCCCUGGGCUGAACAACGCCAGGCUCCCUCCCAGCUCCCCAACCCUCUACACAGCUGUGCACCAGAACGGGGGAGAGAACGACUACAUCAUCCCUCUUCCUGACCCCAAGCCUGAGGCAAUCUGUGACCUCCCUCAGGAGGCCUCCAUCAGCCGUGCCAGCUCUAUUCUGAAUGAAGCCAAUACAUCAUCUACAAUAUCCUGUGACAGCCCCCUGGGCCCCCAGCAGGACGAGGAGCCGGAAUGUGACCUGCAGCUGGGCUGCCAGGAGCUUGCCCUGGGGCACCACGAGGUGGAGGAGAGCUUUCUGUAGGCAGAGCUGGACUGAUGGCAUCUCCCCACGGCAAGGCCAGGUGUGGGGCUGCGCCAGGCAUUGCAGAGAACCACGCUUUAUGCUUGUUCAUUGGGACAUCCCUGCUUGUCCUGGUAUUCCUCCCUCUCUUCCAUCUGCCAGAGUCAGGUGGGGAAUCAGAGACAUUUCCCCCAUUGCCAUCCCCUUCCCUCCUCACAAAGAGGUGGCUCAGUGCCCAGCAUCUUCCAGAUCACUGCCACAUCCUCCUCAGCGAUCAAACCGCUGUGGGAAGGAGACAUCUCACAGACCAACAUCUUCUUCUGAAGUGGAAGAUGUGGGUUAGAUCUCCACAAGAGACACCACUUUCCACGUUGCUAAGAUGCUCCAGCCUCUUCCCCUUCCACACUCUUUCGAUGGCAAUGAGUUCCAGCUCCUCCGCACCAGCACUUCCCUGAUGGUCUCAGCACCAACCACACCGUGGUUCUGCGAAAUGCCACCAGGACAGACAGUUUCCUUGGAAUUUGUUGCUGGGGGUUAGAGAAGCUGCAAUACCCAACUCCAGCUGUUGGGUGGAUUUUUCUCCAAGCACAGCCAAGGCCUGGAAAGACCAGCCAGUGUCUCACAGAUACUGAAUCACCAUUUUCCUAUCCUGACUCUCCAGAGGACAGAGCAUCACAAGCUCAACAGGUACCUGUGGCUCUGGGGCACAGCUCUGCCCUCCCACCCAGAGCCAUCCUGUGCCCAGCCAGGAGUCCCAAGGGCCAGGAACACAAAAUGCUCUCACAGUAACUCUGCUGUUGUAGCAAAGAGGGCAGUCCAGUGUUGUUGUCUGCGUGGGCACUAAGCUAAUUAUUCUCCAGUGAUGAUUUAAAGGGAACAAAUAUAUUAAUCCACUAGCCAGGGCCAGUAUAAGGAAGCAAUAUAGCUACUCAUUAAUCUUCUACUGCCACUAAGCCCAGAUCAUUUGCUGGGAAAUCGGAUAACUCCUAUGGCUGCAAAACUUUUAUGUCUUGUCUUUGGAAAACAAGGGCUCCCUUGUGAAAGACUGUUCACCCAAACACCAUCUUUCUUAGGAUGGUGGGUCCUUCCUGAGCCCUAGCAAGACUAGGGGGAGCAAUAAGGAUGCCAGAACACCAGCCCAGGGACAUCUCAAAAGACAGAAAGGGAGAGAGGUUGGGAAGCUGUUUGCCACAACACCUCGCAACCUUCUGGGGAUUGGGCAUAGCUGCUCAGCCUUGCAGGGCUAGAAAAGCUAGACCCCAAAACUACAGCUCUGACAGCACAGAAAUUGGCAGGGUUUUUUUUCCAAAAGGAGAAGUUUCACCUUGCAGAGCUCUGCAGCAUGACCCCCACUCCCAUUAACCCUUGUGCUGCCUACUCAUGCACAUUUCUCUGUGCACCCCACAAAUCCUGCACAGGCAAAUUUGAAAAUUCAGUCCGCAUCUUUUGGGUUUCAGCCACCUGAAA